GUCUUAAGGCUCUAAUGAAUGAAAUUAGUGAUUCAUGAGCAGUAUACAUCAGUGGUGAGGAUUGAAGGAAACCAACAUAACAUGACAUAACAAUUAUUUAUUUAAAACAAAAAAAAGUGUUCAUAUAAAAAACUAAAAAGUAUUCAUCUGAAAAAAGAAAAGAAAAAAAAAAGAUGUUGUCUUGCUUGAAAAUCACCCCUUUAUUUGUGUCAAAUUCAUGUAAACAUAACAGGAGUAGGAGAUUUAGUUGCAGGGCAGAAAGUUCCCAAAAUCAGGGCCCACAACCCAAAGAAAGCAAGAAGAGGGUUUUGGUUGUUGGGUCGGGUUGGGCUGGGCUUGGUGCGGCCCAUCAUCUCACUAAACAGGGGUUUGAUGUUACUGUUCUUGAAGGGGGUGUGGAAUCUGGGUUUUCUACUUAUACUCCUGAUGAAGUUGGAAUUCAAGGUUUUUGGUACCCCUACCGCAAUAUAUUUAGCCUUGUUGAUGAGCUUGGCAUCAAACCAUUCACAAAUUGGUUGAAAUCUGCACAGUACUCUGAGGAGGGAUUGGAGGUGGAAUUCCCAGUCUUUCAAGAUGUGCCUCAACUGCCUACUCCACUGGGACCUCUAACACAGACCCAAUUCACGCGGCUACCUUUGGUGGAUCGAUUGACAUCACUUCCUCUAUUGGCUGCAGUGAUAGAUUUUGACAACACUGAUUCAGCAUGGAGAAAAUAUGAUCCAAUUACUGCAAGAGAGCUCUUAAGACAAUUUGGAUGCUCGGAGAAGCUGUACCGAAAUAUUUUAGAGCCAUUGCUUGAAGCGCGUUUAUAUGCACCAACUGAGCAAAUCAGUGCAGCUGCCACUCUGGCUGUGCUCUACUACUAUGUCAUUGCUCAUCAGGAAAAUUCUGACAAGUUGCUGUGUCGCGGAAGUGUGAAAGAAAAAAUAUUUGAGCCAUGGAGGGAGUUGUUGAAAAGCAAUGGGUGUGAAUUUCGUAGAGGCAGAGGAGUUACAGAUUUCUUCUUCAGUGAAGAAACAGGUUGUAUUUCAGAAGUACUUUGCGGGAAUGACAGAAUAAAGGCUGAUGCAGUGAUCUUAGCUCUGGGUAUCUCCAACCUUCAGGAAAUCAUACAAAGAAGUUCAGCAUUAUGUAUGAGGGAAGAGUUCCUGAAAGUUCUGAACUUGGCCUGUGUUGGUGCACUUUCUGUUAAACUACGUCUUGAUCAAAAGAUUACCAUUCCUAAAGCAUGCAACGCCUGCUCGGGAUUUGAAGCAUUAAGUGGGUGGACUUUCUUUGACUUGAAUGCUAUCUAUGAGGAGCAUGAAAAUGAUGAAACGACAAUCUUACAGGCUGACUUUUAUCAUGCAAAUGCACUCUUGCCCCUGACCGACGAACAAAUCUCUGCCAAAGUCAUGUCUUUCCUUUCAAGAUGCAUUAAAGAACUUGCAGAUGCUCGAAUCAUUGACAAGGAGAUUAAACGAUUUCCAAACUCCUUGACUCAUUUUUUCCCAGGAUCUUACAAGUACUCAAUGCGCGGGUCAACUUCUUUCCCGAAUUUGUUCAUGGCAGGAGAUUGGAUAAUAAACAGACAUGGUUCGUGGUCACAGGAGAAAUCCUAUGUGACCGGACUUGAGGCUGCCAACAGGGUGGUGGAUUAUCUAGAGGAAGGAAGUUUUGCAAAGAUUAUUCCGAUUAAGGAGGAUGAACCUCAUAUAGAAACACUUCGGAAUCUGAACAGAAGUUUAAAUGAGUUCAGAGCUCAGCUUCCUUGGUCCAGUUAUCUCCUUCAGUGAGAAGAUUAUACCUACAUAGUACUAUAAACUAAAAUGUUAUAUACAACCAUACUAAGGUCCUGUUUAUAAAUUCUCUCAUGUUUGUCCUGAUGUACAGGUUUUAAAGUUCUGUUAAUAUUUUGUACAUGAUGUAUUCAGUUUAUUUUUUAAAAAAAAUGUAAUGAAAACUGUCGUUUAUAAUACUGCAGCAAUUGAUACA